UUCGAGUUCUGGAAACAGCUCUGCGCCGAGCAUGGCAUCAGCCCCGAGGGCAUCGUGGAGGAGUUCGCCACUGAAGGCACAGACCGAAAAGACGUCUUUUUCUACCAGGCAGACGAUGAGCACUACAUCCCCAGGGCGGUGCUGCUGGACCUGGAGCCCCGGGUGAUCCACUCCAUCCUCAACUCCCCCUAUGCCAAGCUCUACAACCCGGAGAACAUCUACCUGUCGGAGCAUGGCGGCGGCGCGGGCAACAACUGGGCCAGCGGAUUCUCCCAGGGUGAAAAAAUCCACGAAGACAUCUUUGACAUCAUAGACAGAGAGGCAGAUGGGAGUGACAGCCUAGAGGGGUUUGUGCUGUGUCAUUCCAUAGCUGGAGGGACCGGGUCUGGCCUGGGCUCCUACCUCCUGGAGCGGCUGAAUGACAGGUGAGCCAGGUGUGGGCUGAAGACUGGAGCCCUGUUGCCCUGGGCUCACUUUUGGUACUUUUUCUCUUGGCAGAGAAGAUUUGAAACAUCCCCUUUUGAGUCACAG